UCAGAUUUGCUUAUUUUUUAAAACAAAAAACUAAUAUUCUAUAGGUUUGCCCAAAGAGGGUCCGGUUAUAACAGGGAUUAGAGCGCAACAGUACGGUAUCGGAGAUUUAGUGAACGUCACGUGUAGCGCCGGACCAUCAAAGCCUCAAUCAACACUUUCGUGGCUAAUCAACGGCGAGCCGGCAGAUGAAUCCUGCCUGCGAUACAUCCAAACCCCGAAACGAAUGGACGGUUUGCAGAAAUGCUCGCUUCAACUGCAGUUCAACGCAGAGAGGCAUCAAUUCAUUGGUGGCAUCAUUAAGCUCCGGUGCACAAGUGUCAUAU